ACCAAUACUCCUUCCAACUCCCUCUAAGCCAAGCAAUUCCUGGUCUCCUCAUCUCCUCAUCUCCUCAUCUCCUCAUCUCCUCAUCUCCUCAUCUUUCAUUUUCCAAACAAAGAACAACCAAUCCCUCUGGACUUCAUUCACAUCAUUCAGGGAUGGAGCUGUGUGAGGUUGCUGGACUCCGGUACCUUGCACCUGCGAACGAGGCCCCCUACCCGACUCAUUUAACUGCGAUGCAGAGCAUACCUGCAUUCCAUUUCAGCAGAUUCUUAAGACCCAUACCCAAUCCUCAGAAUCAGAUCCCUCCUCCUCUAGUCCAUGAGUUCAACCCACAGUCAUCAUGUUUCAGCAAUAACUCAACUUCUGAUGAAGCAGAUGAGCAGCAGUUGAGCAUCAUAGAUGAAAGGAAGCAGAGGAGAAUGAUAUCUAAUAGAGAGUCUGCUCGCCGGUCACGGAUGAGGAAGCAGAAGCACCUGGAUGAACUCUGGUCACAAGUUAUGCGGCUCCGCAAUGAAAACCGUCAGCUCAUAGACAAGCUGAAUCACGUGUCAGAGUGCCAUGACCAGGUCCUCCAGGAAAAUGUGCGGCUAAAAGAGGAAGCUUCUGACCUUCGCCAAAUGCUCAACAACCUGCAACUCGAUACUUCUUACGCUGACACAUUGCGGGAUCUCGAAGAGAUACCCUGCAACACAGCUCACCUCAGAGCUGAAUCCUCAAGCCAAUCCAUCACUAGUUCCAUGGAUUUGCUUCAUUGAGAUGGGAGCCACCUUUUCUUCUCCUCUUUUUCUUUUAAAAAUUUCCCUUCUUUUCUUACUUAUUAGCUCCUAUGUUUCUUCCAUCCAUCCAUUAGUGUAUCGGUCUUUUGUCAUCUUACAAGCCAAAUAAGAUAAAAUAAAAGACCAUGCAGUAGCAGCUUGAGUA